AUGGGUGUUAGGUUACAUCUGGAUAGCAGUGAUGUUUUCAAAAUUUCCAAAAGUCGAUUUUUAUACCCAUUUUGAGGGUAGAUAUCGUAGUCACAUGAUUUUUCUUCGAAAUGAUCUAAGAAUGAGUUAAAUUGCUUGCAUUUUCGUGGAGUUCUAAUCAUUUACCAAAAGGCACGCAACUGCUGAACGAAAAUCAGCAUUUUCAGAAAAAUCCCUAACUAGAAAACUAUUUGUGAAAUAGGCACUAUUGUUGUGAUAAAGUUGUAAUUACUGUGAGUCGAUAGAGCUUUUUUUAGAGCUACAUUCUGACACAUUUUUCUUUGUUAAAAGUCCAAAAUCCAAAUGAAUAUUGGUAAAAUUCAAAAAUUUGCUCGGAAAAAAAUUCUUUUAAGUCGAGUUUGUCGAUCAUGCUGAUUAUUUCUUACAUAACUUUUUAAAUAUACUUUGUGUAGAAACACAUACCAGACAGGUUUCAUAGAGAAUUGAAUGGGGAAUCUUUAAAACAACAUAGCUCAGAGGGGUUUAAGGAAGAGGAGAAAAAGAAAACAAACUAAGACGGCAAUUUCUCGUGCUCUACUCGUAUGGUACUCGUUACAGUAUAGCACAAUCCUGUAUUAUUAAAGGAAAAAAUAAGUUUUGAGCCUGGAAAAAAGAUAAAAUUGAUGCCAGUCGGUUUAAUUAACAAAAAAAAGAUGGAAAUGAGUUUGCCUUUAAAAAUAAAAGUUAUAGCUUUGUAAAAGAGAGAAAUGAGCAGAGAUGUCAAACGCUCAGGGGGGGGGGGCGCGCCGCCCGCGGCGGGGGGGGGGGGGGGGGGGGGGGGGGGGGGGGGGUGGGGGGCGGGGGGCGGGGGGGGGGGGGGGGGGGCGGGGGGGGGGUUGGGGGGGGGGGGGGGGGGGGGGGGGGGGGGGGGGGGGGGGGGGGGGGGGGGGGGGGGGGGGGGGGGG